CUGCUGAAAUCAAAGACGGAAGCGAAUCCAAAAUUUCGUCCCGCCGGUGAAGAUAAUUGGGAAGAAAGGAGCCCUAUAUUUCCUGCCUACAUUAGUUAGCUCCACUUUGAUCGACUCGGUUACUGGCUAUACAUUCCGGUGUAUCAGAAAUGGGAUAUGUUUUGUAGAAUGUUAUGGAUGCUUUUGAUACUUGGUGGAACUUAUCUGUCUAAUUUGCUUUUCAAAGAAGGGAGAAGCCUACUUAUUUGACAAGGUCAUAGCCUUGUUGGAGUAAGUGCUAAAGCAAGGAGAAGUUGCCCAAGGGAAUAAGAAGGUUCUUUUAGUUGAGAAUAAUUUAAUCCAUCUAGUCAUGGACGAAUACAAAAGAAAUUCUCUCAAGCAACGCUCGAAUACCCAAUUCAAGAGGAAGGGAGGCAGUAAAAAUGCAAAGUUGAAUUUUUCUAGUUAUGAACGGUCAUCUGAAAAUUCUCAAAGUUCAGAUACUACCUAUUGUAUACUUUGUCAAUCCAAAAAAGUUGGUAGCGUAAUUGGAAAAGGUGGUAGCAUAAUCAAAGCCUUGAGAGAGGAAACUCAAGCAAAAAUUACAGUUGCUGACAGUGUUCCUGGUUCUGAUGAUAGAAUAGUAAUCAUCUCUAGUCCCUCUACGAAACUAGCUAGGAGACAAGAUAAUGACAAAAACAAUGAUAAUCCAGAGACAAUGGAAGAAACUGGUUCCAUGGAGCCACAUUGUGCCGCGCAAGAUGCUCUGUUAAAAGUUCACAAUAGGAUUGUUGAGGAAGACUUGCUGGGAGUACAAAAUGAGGAUAAGAGUGAAACUGUAAUAAUCACGCGUCUCCUUGUUCCGAACAAUUUGGUUGGAUGCCUUUUAGGAAGAAAAGGCGAUGUUAUUCAGAAAUUGCGAAGUGAGACUGGGGCAAGCAUUCGUGUCCUUUCUGCUGAACAUUUGCCAGCUUGUGCUAUGACCACUGAUGAAUUGGUCCAAAUAUCAGGCAAACCUGCUUUGGUGAAAAAAGCCUUGUAUGAAGUAUCAACACUGUUGCAUCAGAAUCCUCGCAAAGACAAACCUACCUCGAGUUUUCCUAUGGUACAUGGUGCUCAAGGUUUUCACCCCCCUGGUCCUCCCAUGGAAAAUAUGAUUCCUCCAGGAAAAUCAAUGUGGUCUCAAAGUAAAACUAAUUUAAAUGGUAUGUCGCCUGCGUUAGCGGUGGGAGGCUAUAGGAACCAGCUUACUGGAUUUGGCCGUGCGGAUUUUGAUUAUGGUCCUCCCCCUUGUGCUGGUGAAGCUCCUGGUGAUUUCACCAUGAAAAUUCUGUGCUCAGCUGCAAAAAUUGGUGGUGUUAUAGGCAAGGGUGGCUUCAAUGUAAAACAACUGCAGCAGGAAACAGGAGCGGGUAUACAUGUUGAGGAUGUCGCACCCGAAUCUGAUGAAAGAGUUAUUCGUGUCUCCUCUUUGGAGUCUUUUUGGGAUCCCAGAUCACGAACUAUUGAUGCCAUUCUUCAACUUCAAAGUAAAACAAGUGAAUUUUCUGACAAAGGAACUAUCACUACAAGGCUUCUUUUUCCCUCAAAUAAGGUUGGCUGCAUUAUUGGACAAGGAGGACAGGUUAUCAAUGAGAUGAGAAGGAGAACGCAGGCGGAUAUUCGUGUUCUUUCCAAGGAUGAUAAACCCAGAUGCGCAUCUGCAGAUGAAGAGCUUGUGCAGAUUUCUGGAAGCAUUGGUGUUGCAAAAGAUGCUUUGGUUGAGAUUUCUUCAAGGCUCAGAGAAAGAUGCCUUAGGGAUGCAAAUAGUAAAGUGGAGUCUGCUCCUGUUAGGCCACUUCCUGGAUUUGUUCCUUCAGAGGAUUUCCGAAGUGGAGAUCCACAACGUACUGGAGCAAUUGGGGCUGGUAGCUCUAGAAGAUAUGAACAUUUGAAGGGUGCUGUUCGUGAAUAUGACCAUCCAAGUUAUCCAGAUCUUCCCAUUGCCACUAGAUACUCAAGUAUCAGUAGUCCCCCAGAGAUGAAGUUUCCAGACCAUUCUUUUGGUUCUGCAAAAGGAACAGGAGGGUACAACAUUAAUGAGUUUGCUGGAAGUAGUGCAAGAUUUCGGGAUCCUCGUUCUAUUGGACCUGGAUUCAUUGAUGAUAUUCGGGGUACUUCAGAUCACAUGAAUGCUGGGCACAACGUUUUUCAUGGGUCCUCUGAGAAUUUGAAUGCUGGGCGGCCUACUUUUCAAGGAUACGGGUCUCCUGCUGGAAAGAGCAGCAAUAUUCAGCAAGGUGCUUACCACCAGAAUUAUGCUGCUCAACAAAGUGCUUAUCAAAGUUAUCCAGCUAAAGGUGGCUACCCUAGCGGUAGUCCUUCCCAUUUGCCUUACCAGAACACUAAUCCACAUCAAGCUCCAUAUCAAAACAUCAACUCGCAGCAGCACCAGCAGGCGCCUCCACCAUACCAGAACAUGGCUGCACAAGGUUCCUACCAUUAUUGAUCCUCAACAAUGAGUUCCUCAAACUACUUAUGGCAGGUUUUAGUCACUUCUGUACAAUACUUUAAUAUCAUGUUGUGCCGUAGUUGUUGCUGAAGUGUCUGUCAUAGUGAUCUGACUUAUUGCAUUCGAUGGUUAAGAGUAUCGUUGAACACAGGUUCAGUAGUUAACUGUUUGGCAAUAUUUUCGGAGACCUCGCUUCAGGUUUUCUCUGCAGCAUUCAACUUCCUUGUGGUUUAAGGUGCCUAAUUUGAUUUCUUUGUAGUGAGAUUGUUUUCAAAUGAUAAAAAUUUCUUUAGUGUUCCAAAA